AAAAUCACAACAAAAAUCAAUACAUACUUUAAUAUACCUUAUACCUUGUAAAAGUAAAAACUCAUAUAUGGUGGGUUCAUGAAAAAUAAAAAUAAAGUAUUCACUCCUCUUUUAUAUCUUGCAUUUGUAGUCUUUUUGCCCUGGUGGAUUUAUUUCUUAUUGAAUAAAUGUCUGGGAUCUUGGAUUACUAAUUGGUGGACUACUAGGCAAUCCGAAAGUUUCUUCAAUAAUAUUAAUGAAAAGAGUCUUCUGGAAAAAUUUAUUGAAUUCGAGGAAUUUCUAUUAUUGGACGAAAUAGUUAAAAAAGACGUGGAGACACACCCACAAGAAUUUAUUAUAGGAAUCCAUAAACAAGCAAUUCAAUUAAUAAAGAUACAAAAAUAUAGUGAUAUCCAUCUUAUUUUUCGUUUAGCGACAAAUCUAAUCUGUUUUUUUUAUUCUAAGUGUUUCUGCUAUUUUGCGUAAUGAAAACCUAAGUCUUCUGAACUCUUGGGCUCGGGAAUUCUUAUAUAACUUAAGCGACACAAUCAAAGUAUUUUGCAUUCUCUUAUUAACUGAUUUAUGUAUCGGAUUCCAUUCACCCCGCGGUUGGGAAUUUAUAAUUACCUUUAUUUCUAAAGAUUUGGGAUUUUGUGAUAAUGAUUUAAUUAUCUCUGGUCUUGUUUGCACCUUUCCAGUCAUUCUAGAUACAAUUUUUAAAUAUUGGGUUUUCCGUUAUUUAAAUCGUGUUUCUCCGUCACUUGUAGUUCUUUAUCAUUCAUUGAAUGAAUGAUUGAAGACUCUAUGGGAUUCAUAAUUCAAUUUGAAGAUUAAUUUUUUUCUGUUUUUCUAUUGUAAAUAAGCGAAGCAUUAAAAAUAUUACUUCAUUACUUAUUUUAUAGAACUAUUUUUUUUAUAUUUUAUUCCAUCAAAUAGCAGAAUCCUGGGUAGCAAACUAUACUAGUGACCUACCCCAUUUUAUUGUAUCAAUUUUGCAAUCAACGAUUCGACUAUGCAAACUCGAAAUCAUUUUCUUUGGAUAAAUAAACAGAUUACUCGAUUGAUUUCCGCAUUGAUCAUGUUAUAUAUCAUAACUCUGACAUCCAUUUCAAAUGCAUAUCCUAUUUUUGCACAGCAGAGUUAUGAAAAUCCACGAGAAGUAACUGGCCGUAUUGUAUGUGCCAAUUGCCAUUUAGCUAAUAAGCCCGUGGAGGUUGAGGUACCGCAAGCGGUACUUCCAGAUACUGUAUUUGAAGCAGUAGUGCAAAUUCCUUAUGAUAUGCAACUUAAACAAGUUCUUUCCAAUGGUAAAAAAGGGGGGUUGAAUGUGGGGGCUGUUCUUAUUUUACCGGAUGGUUUUGAAUUAGCCCCUACAGAUCGGCUUUCUCCCGAGAUGAAAGAAAAAAUAGGCAAUUUGUCUUUUCAGAGCUAUAGACCCUCGAAAAAAAAAUAUUGUUGUGGUGGGCCCUGUUCCUGGUCAGAAAUAUAGUAAAAUAACCUUUCCCAUUCUAUCUCCCGAUCCUGCUACUAAUAAAGAUGCUCAUUUCUUAAAAUAUCCUAUAUAUGUGGGUGGAAACAGGGGAAGAGGCCAAAUUUAUCCCGACGGUAGCAAGAGUAACAAUACUGUUUAUAAUGCUACAGCAACAGGUAGAGUUAGCAAAAUAAUAAGAAAAGAAAAAGGGGGUUAUGAGCUAACCAUAACGGAUCCAUUGGAUAGUCGUCAAGUGAUCUAUAUUAUCCCUCCUGGACCAGAACUUCUUGUUUCAGAAGGGGAAGAUAUCAAAUUUGAUCAACC